AUGAGGAUACCACUCUUCAAACGCCUCAUCAUAGCCACUCUCAACAUCCUCUUUCCUCCUGUCGCCGUCAUGAUGAUCACCGGCCCCAACGAGGAUUUCAUCUUUAAUUGUGUCAUGUUCAUCCUGGCCGUCAUCCCCUCUCAUAUUCACGGCUUCUACAUCUCGCUCACUUACUUCAACCGCAAGCGGAAAGUCCGCAAGGGAGUCUACCCCGGCAAACCGAAGCAUCUCAUCUGGAGCGACAGAGUGAACAACGGCGGAGCCAGCCGAAGGGAAAUCGAGAGAUUGAGACAGGGGAGGGAGCAGAGCAGACUAGGCAGACGAGCUAACAGCCGAGCUUCGGGGUUGCCAGAACGCAGCAGCUCCAGGAGACGGGUACAGGAGUGGGACGAUGGAUACAAGGAGUAUGCCGAGUCCCCACAGAUGAGCAGAGUUGGGACCGGCAGGAGUGGCCGAUACGGCAGGUGA